CGACUUUGGUUUGUAACAAAACAAAAAAAAAAAAGGAAAAAUCAACUCGACUUUUGGCACCAGAAACAGCACCGGCAGCGCCACCACCGUGCACCUCCGUCCGUCCGUCUCUUUUCUGGACAGGAAGCGAGAUCUUUCGGCUCGGCUCGAAGGCCUUAAUGUUUACUAGGGUUUCUUCUUCGAACAGGCUUCAUCGCUCUCUCGCCCCUUGACCCUUGCUCUGAUUGAAGGAAGAGGCGGAAUCGGUGGACCAUAGAUUCUCGAUUAUUCUCUUCUCCGUCUUCUUAGCUUUCCCGUUAUGUGGUAUGAGAGAGAAAGAGGUCAAGACGCCAGAGAGGGUGGAGAGAUACGGAUGCACGGGGGCUGCUUCUGGAAAGAGGAGGAGACCGAGGUAGAGUGCGGGUGGGUUUGUGGGUGCGCUGGGUCACGGGCGUGGCCUGACAUGGUGGUGGGCGUCGAUCUCACAGUUUACUUCGUCCCUCUUUGCGAGUGGCACCCGCUCUUAGUUGGCUUGUAGCACCCAACCCCUUCCCCGGCUCCUUCUUACAGGACUUUGGAAACUGCAAGAUUUUCAGUUCCAGACAUUCAAACACGCAUCAGGCCUCCUGCCAUUAUAUUUGUUCUCUGAUUUUGGAGGUACUGCAUCUGUUGUGAUAUCUGUCACAUCUUGAACCUGACAGAAAUGGACUGCUGUGGCUGUGGUUGCUUCGGAUUUUUGAGGAAGCUCCAUCAAUGUCUAAUUUCAUUCCGAGGCUCUGGCACUCGGUUCUCCCGGGAGCUCCUGCUGCCAGAUAACAUGGAAGGUGCUGAUGGCACCUUUUACAAUGGAGACAGUACAAAUCCAAGCGACGGUGGUUCAUACCGGUCAGUUAAGUGUUCUGAAGAAAUCCUCUUGUCAAGAGCGCGAAAUGGCUUGAUAUGCAGGGAAGUCCCAGUAAAGGAAACUAGGAACGUUAUACUCUCUGAGGAUGAAAAUGGAAAUAAAAUGGUUAAUGAAUAUGUUCGAGAGUGCAAGAUUGGUUCUGGUAGUUAUGGGAAAGUGGUGCUUUACCGAAGCAUUAAAGAUGGGAAACAAUAUGCAAUCAAGGUUUUCCACAAGUCACAUUUGUUAAAGAUGAGAGUGGCACCAUCAGAAACAGCCAUGACUGAUGUUCUUAGGGAGGUAUCCAUCAUGAAAAUGCUGGAUCAUCCCAAUAUAGUUAAUCUCAUUGAGGUGAUUGAUGACCCAAACACAGAUCACUUCUACAUGGUUCUAGAAUACGUGGAAGGGAAGUGGGUAUGUGAGGGUACUGGUUUAGGAGAAAGUACUUCUAGAAGAUACUUGCGGGACAUAGUUGCAGGUCUUAUGUAUCUCCAUGCUCAUAAUAUUGUCCAUGGGGAUAUUAAACCUGAUAACCUCUUGGUGACAAGCAACGGCAAAGUGAAAAUAGGAGAUUUCAGUGUUAGCCAGGUUUUUGAGGAUGAUAAUGAUGUGCUCCGGAGAUCUCCAGGCACUCCUGUUUUCACUGCACCAGAAUGCUGCUUAGGUUUAACCUACCAUGGUAAAGCUGCUGACACAUGGGCUGUAGGUGUCACUUUGUAUUGUAUGGUUUUGGGUCAGUAUCCAUUUCUCGGGGAUACACUGCAGGACACUUAUGACAAGAUUGUUAAUAACCCAUUGUUCAUGCCGGAUGACAUCAAUCCGGAAUUGAAGAACUUGUUGGAAGGGCUUCUUUGUAAAGAUCCCAAACAUCGGAUCACCUUGCAUGCUCUAGCAGAGCAUCCUUGGGUGAUUGGAGAAGAGGGGCCAAUCCCUGAAUACUUGUGCCGAUGCAGGCGAAUAUCUUCUGCACGAAAGAACCAGUGAGGAAUGUUAAUUUGAAUUUGUUUUGGAAAUGGCUCUCCACAGUGGUGAAGCUAUAGUGGAUUCACCUGGGAGAAUUAAAACAUUAUUAAACUAUGUAAAUGAGAGCUUUUUGGUGUAGACAUAGCUAAAGUGAUGUGGUAGGAAUAUUAGUGUGACACCUGUAUGAAUAUCUUUUUUUGGUUAACUUCUCUUUGUAUUAUAUCUUAAUUUACUGGCCGAGAGAGAGGAGAGUUGUUUAAAAAUUGCUUGUUUCUUAGCUUCAAUGGGGAGACAAGGUGUGAGAUUGCGAAAGAAAACGAGAGUAUAUUAAAUUGAAAGGAUUGUGUGUGAUGAAGUCAUGCAUCAACUGAAA